GAGUAAAAUUAAAAAGAAGUGGUUGGUGACAGCAACUCGCCUCCUUCCUCCUCACUCCUCUCCUACUUCUUGCCUGCCUCGCACCUCACUCUUCUUCCUCCCCGGCCGAGGCAACAGUAACACCGCUGCAGCAGCGAGGAAUUGUGUCGGCGAGAAUGGAUUCCAGGAUCUCCCUCGUCUGCUUCCUCGUCCUCGCUUCCUCCUUGCUGCAUUGCGCCAGAUCUGAUGGAAGUGAUUCACAGCUUCUCAAGGGCAUCAACAGCUACAGAGCUUCCCUCAAAGUCCCUGCGCUAUCCGAGAACAAGAAUGCUGCCUGCUUGGCUGAGCAGCUAGCACAGCAAUUCAAAGACCAACCUUGCACCAACACCACCGGAGCAAACACUGUCCCUGGCACCGAGCAGCAGUUCCCCGACUACCCAAAGUACCUCGACCAUUGCCAUCUCAACGCGUCGGUGACCGGAGACGGUCAGGUGAUGCCGGCCUGCGUUCCCGGACUUGUACCUGAUGUGGUUCUGACCAACUACACCAAGUCACAGUACAACCAGUAUCUGAAUGACACCAAGUUCUCUGGUGUUGGGAUCGCGAAUGAGGGAGAUUGGGUGGUCGUUGUCCUCAGCACGAGCUCGGGUUCAGGUGAUUACUCCCCUGCUCCCCCUGGCUCCAACUGGGCUCCUUCAGUUCAUCCCUUCAAUCAACUGAUUCUUUUGUUGGUAGGCAUUGUAUGUUUGCUGAUGAUUUGAGAGAUUUGAUCAUACUGCAGAGAGUGUACCUUACUUUUGAUGUAAUCCUUUUUUGGAUCGUCCAUAUUUGAAUUGAACUUUGUCUCAUUGACAACUUGCUAGUAUUUGCUACGAGGAUAUGGAUCGGAACGUAUUCUUUUGACUGUUUUUUCUUAAACCUUUGACUACAAUAUAUAAUGGUCCUUACGCAAUGUGUUCAAAA